UGCAGGUCACGCACCUUUGAUUCUUCCUCAUUGUGUUGACCUCCACCUCAAAAUCAAAUGCCGAAGAGAAUUUGAAAUAUUGAACCAGUGGGUUUGUUCUGGUUGAAUUUGGUGGCUGUCUGAUAUCUGGAGCCACAUGACUGUCCAGGCUGGAAGGAUAGAGGUGGCGCUAGUUGACUUUGAGGGUAUGGAGAAUACUAACGGUGUGGACAAUUUCAAUGACCCAGACUAUCCCAAUGAGAUGACGGCUUUGAGGGUAGAAAUCCCAGAGUUUGGACCUGGCAGCACCUACUGCAAUUCUGCAAAAGUGUUGCCAUAUAAAGAGAAGACCCCACAAAAUCUGGACAAACCGCAAUCGCCUGUUCUACCCCCUCACACGAGGAGAGGUCGUGCCAGCUGCGCUAGUCUGAUUUCCAACUGGAAGUUACUUGUGAACAGUGAAGGAUCACAAAGUGAGACAAUCUUCAGUAAACUGGCCAAAGAAUACGAGGACUUUUUUAUUGAUAAGCGACCUCUUGAUGAAGGCGAUCAAAAGAUUAUCAUUAACAUCGCCGGUCUUCGCUUCGAAACCCGUCUGAGGACCCUCGACCAGUUCCCAGACACCCUUCUGGGCAACCCAAUGAAAAGAAUGGGCUAUUUUGACCCCAUGAGAAACGAGUAUUUCUUUGACCGCAAUCGUCCGAGCUUUGAUGGGAUCCUGUACUACUAUCAGUCAGGGGGGAAGGUCCGGCGUCCUGCGAACGUACCUAUAGAUGUCUUCGCGGAUGAGAUUAUCUUCUACGAGUUAGGACAGGAAGCCAUGGACCAGUUCCGCGAGGAGGAAGGCUUUAUCAAAGAUGUGGCGACUCCACUGCCGCCCAAUGAGUUUUACAGGCAGUUCUGGCUGCUUUUUGAAUAUCCCGAGAGCUCAAACGCAGCCCGAGGGGUCGCGCUCGUUUCCAUCCUCGUCAUCGUCAUCUCCAUCAUCAUAUUCUGUAUAGAGACUCUCCCAGAAUUCCAUGAGGACCUGGAGAUUUUUCCGAUUGCGGGUGUUUCCUUCAACCAGACGCAUCCUUCAGGUGCUCCUCCAAGUGCCUCUCCCAAAACCAUCACCAGCACCUUCUCCGACCCCUUCUUCAUUCUUGAGACUGCAUGCAUCAUCUGGUUCUUCUUCGAGUUCUGCGUGCGUUUCCUGGUUUGCCCCAGCAAGCGGGAAUUUUUUAACAACAUCAUGAACAUGAUUGACAUUAUCUCCAUUAUUCCCUAUUUCGUCACUUUGAUAACUGAGAUCGUGACCACCACCAAUAAGUCCAACACGGGGCAGAAUAUGUCCCUGGCCAUCCUGCGAAUCAUUAGACUGGUCCGAGUCUUCAGGAUCUUUAAACUCUCCAGACACUCCAAAGGGCUGCAGAUCCUGGGCCAGACGCUCAAGGCCAGCAUGAGGGAACUUGGCCUGCUCAUCUUCUUUCUCUUCAUAGGCGUCAUCCUCUUCUCCAGCGCCAUCUAUUUCGCUGAGGUGGAUGAUCCCAACACCCAAUUUGUUAGCAUCCCUGAUGGAUUCUGGUGGGCAGUAGUUACCAUGACCACUGUGGGAUAUGGAGACAUGUAUCCUAUUACACUAGGCGGUAAGAUGGUGGGCACUCUAUGUGCCAUUGCUGGGGUAUUGACCAUCGCCCUGCCUGUGCCUGUAAUAGUCUCCAAUUUCAACUACUUUUACCAUAGAGAGAGAGAUCAGGAGGAAAAGCAGCCCAUUGCUGAGACAUCCGAACAAGAUUUAAAGUCAGGGAACAAUACAAAACAUGGAAGUAGUUCUUCUCUGAACAAGGCAAAUGGAGUACUCGUUAAAGAUGGAGUGAACUCAUGA